UGUGUCACUUUGCGCUCCCCGGAGAGAGAGAGACGGGUUGUGCUGUGCGUGGUGUGUGUCACUUUGCGCUCCCCGGAGAGAGAGAGAGACGGUUGAGAAAGUGCGUGAACAACCGGACCGGUAACCGGAAAUAAUAAUGGACAUGGCGGGACCGGUCAGUCAUCAGCAACGGAUAGUUGCUACAGGUUGGAGUCCCGUGAGUCUGUCUGACUUUACCGAAGAGAACGAGAAGGGAAAAGUUCCAAGUCUUCACGGUAACUUUUCAUUCCAGAGAGAGUUGGGACAUCUUUAUGAUUAUUGUGGAAUGCUGUUGUCUAUUUAACUAGUGCUCCGUUUUAUUUAUUUAUUUUUAUCGGUUACUGCUCCGGUGGGUCUAGAGCCAUGGCGUUAUCGCAGAUCCAGUGUUUGGAUGAGAAUAACGUGAACCUCCGGACGCAUGAAUCCAAACCAGACUUUUUUUAUUCCGAGGACCAACGAUUAGCGCUCGAGACGCUUCUCCGGGAUGGACGCGAUGCCUUUAAUAAGUUCCUCCACGCGACCAGUCUCCGGUGUUUCCUGUCGGACCAGGAGGUGGACCAGUUGACCGGGGCAGUGGAGGUGUACGACCCGGCAUCAGAGCUCCGUCAGGGUGACUCAGACAGUGAUGAACUCCCGCUGUCUCUCCAGUACUGGCCGGAGCUGUCUGACUGCUCGCUCCCGCGGCUGGAUCUGGGCUGGCCGGACUGCGCGUCCUACAGAGGAGUGACUCGCGUCACUGUGUAUGCGCAACCGCCACUGGACGGCCACACGCACAUCAAAGAGAUGGUCAGGAAAACCAUCGCGCAGGCGCAGAAGGUGAUUGCGGUGGUCAUGGACCAGUUUACAGACGUAGAUAUCUUCAGAGACCUUCUGGAGGCGUGCUUUAAGAGGAAAGUGUCUGUCUAUAUCCUGUUGGAAAGAGCAGCGUUACCUCACUUCCUGUCUAUGGCCGAGAGGGCCGCCAUGCACCCGGGACACCUGAAGAGCCUGCGUGUGCGUGUGUCAGGGGGAGCAGAGUUCUUCAGCAGGUCGUGUACCAGGGUGAGAGGACGGCUGGGUCACAGGUUCCUGUUGAUAGAUGGAGACAAGGCUGUUUCUGGAUCGUACAGUUUCACCUGGACGGCGUCUCGUUUGGACAGACACCUGGUCACCAUGGUAACGGGCCAGGCGGUUGACUCCUUUGACCAACUGUUCCGUGACCUCUAUCUGACCUCCAGCGGGGUCGACCUCCGCAGGGUCACCACGGAGACGGAACCGGAGCCAGAGCCCCUCCCCCGGGCCACCCCCGUCGCUUCUCUCUCCGCAGCUAACGCCAGGAAGCUGUUCAGCCCUAAAUACGCCGUGGUGAUCGGCAACGCUAACGCUAGCAGCGCCGGCCCCGUCUCCUCCGGAACUCCGGAGCUCCAGAACUCCAACUCCCAGAACCCCCUGAAGGUGCGUGUCCGGGAGCCAGUGGAAGCUCCGCCCCUCCACCCGGGAUUGGCCUGUCUGGAGAAAGCAUACCUGAUUCCGUACCUGCCCACCUGGCCCGAACCCGACCCCCCCAGAGAUGUCAUCGGGUUCAUCAACGUGCGGGACGCGUCACGGUCGACCCAGGUGCACCUGCAACGCUCCGAGAGGUUUGAAACGAGCCAGGCUAUACGGUUCAGCAGUCCCUUUACCCUGCCCAAUGAGGAGACACUUCCUGACAGGGCUGCGCCUAGACCGACCCCUACCCCUAACUCUACCACUACCCCUAUCUCUACCCCUAUCUCUACCACUACCCCUAUCUCUACCACUACCCCUAUCUCUACCGCUAUCCCCCGGACGGUGCAGUUGGUCAUGAGGAACGGGAGUGGUCAGGACCUAUGUGGAGUCAGAGAGGUUAAGAAGACAGACCGGCUGGAGCUAACAGGACCACAAAGAGACUGUCUGAAUGGAACUGGACUGUGGCUAGACUGUGAGACUGCACUACGACCCCAGAGUGACUGUGAGACCGCACUACGACCCCAGAGUGACUGUGAGACCGCACUGCGAACACAGAGUGGCUGUGAGACUGCACUACGACCCCAGAGUGGCUGUGAGACCGCACUACGACCCCAGAGUGACUGUGAGACCGCACUGCGAACACAGAGUGGCUGUGAGACUGCACUACAACCCCAGAGUGGCUGUGAGACUGCACUGCGAACACAGAGUGACUGUGAGACUGCAGUAGUACCCCAGAGUGGCUGUGAGACUGCACUACGACCCCAGAGUGACUGUGAGACCACACUACGACCACAUAGUGGCUGUGAGACCGCACUGCGAACACAGAGUGACUGUGAGACCUCACUACGACCACAGAGUUACUGUGAGACCACACUACGACCCCAGAGUUACUGUGAGACUGCAGUACGACCCCAGUGUGACUCUGAGAACGCACUACGAUCACAGAGUGGCUGUGAGACUGCAGUACGACCCCAGAGUGACUGUGAGACCGCACUGCGAACACAGAGUGGCUGUGAGACCGCAGUGCAACCCCAGAGUGACUGCGAGACCGCAGUACAACCCCAGAGUGACUGCGAGACCGCGGUGCAACCCCAGAGUGACUGCGAGACCGCAAGUGACUGCGAGACCGCAGUACAACCCCAGAGUGACUGGGAGACUGUAGUAGAACCCCAGAGUGACUGCGAGACCGCAGUACAAUCCCAGAGUGAUUGCGAGAGCGCAGUGCAACCCCAGAGUGACUGCGAGAUCGCAGUACAACCCCAGAGUGACUGCGAGACUGCAGUACAACCCCAGAGUCACUGCGAGACCGAAGUACGACCCCAGUGUGACUGUGAGACCGAAAGACUCCCCCAGUCUCCAGUUACCCAUCACCACCACCAGCCCAUAGAGAUCCCCAGUCUCCAGUUACCCCAUCACCACCACCAGCCCAUAGAGACUCCCCCCCAGUCUCCAGUUACCCAUCACCACCACCAGCCCAUAGAGACACCCCCCCAGUAUCCAGUUACCCAUCACCACCACCAUCCCAUAGAGACUCCCCCAGUCUCCAGUUACCCCAUCACCACCACCAGCCCAUAG